AUGUCGCAAUUACUGCAGACAAUACUAUCGGCAAAGCUGGCCAGCGCGUCCAUUGACGACAAUCGCGAGGCACACAAUGAUGACUGGGAAGAGAUUCACACCAGCGAUGAAGAGCUCGUCGGCAUCGCGACUGCUCCCGGUACAUUACCUGGCACCCCAGCCGAGCUCAGCAGGCCAACAUCGCCCAGUAUGGCCGGUAGCAGCGGCCUUGCCUCGAGCAGUUUCUCAGCCCCAAAGAUGAAGUCGAAUCUCAGUACCGAGAGACCCGUGAAGAUCAAAGCUCCCAAGAGCAAGACAGACCCCCUACGCUCUCUACCAAAGGAGCUCUCACAACGCAUCUUCCUCUCUCUCCGCGUGAGAGAAUUGGCGGUGCUAUCCGUCGUCUGCAAGCGCUACCGGAGGUCAGCCACGCUCAACUACUGCUGGUAUAGGCAAUGCCUGGCGCAGUUUGACUCGCAAGAUGCAACUGCCAAUUCAGGCCCAUCGCUUGGCUCAUCUGGCAGCGGCGGUCACCACUGGACAAGGCGAGAGUCGCGUACCGAUUGGAAGGGAGAGUACAUCAAGAAGCGUCGCGGGGAGGCCAAGGACCGCGAGAGGGAAGAGCGUGGUGGCGGAAGCCUAAGCAGUGGAUACAGCACCCCUUCAAGAUCACAAAGACUGGCCGAUUCAGGGCUGAAGACUGCCAAGGACGUCAAGGAGGAGCAAUGGGCGGAAGCGGCAGAGCAGGAGCAAGCUGGGUAUAGCAAGAAUGAGCUUAGGCAGUACUACAAGGAGCAAGGCGGUAGCAAGGGCGGCAAGGCCAAGGGAGUCAAGGCCAAGAGCGGCAAAGGCUCGAAUCGGGCUGGAGACGAUGACCUAUGGGAAUGA